AUGAGCGCAGAGAAUGCCAUUCGCGCCAUGCGCGGCACUCCUCCCCGCUUCGUCUCUAGAGAGCGCGACGCCCCGAGCAACACCCAGAUGUCAUUGUCGCCGCUGACUGCCAUCGUCGUGGCCUUGUUGGAGAAGGGCGCCGCCAACCUGGAGGCUCGGCGUGCUCGGCCAUUCCGCAUCCUUGAUCUCCCAGCGGAAAUCCGCAACAGGAUCUACGGACACUACAUCGCCAUGAACGGCAAGCGGAACAAAGGCCAGCGCAACAAAUACAACCUCGCCAACUUCAAGACCCCAGUCAUCGCCCAGGUCUCUCGCCAACUCCGCAGCGAAUUCUUGCCCGUCUUCUUCGCCGAAGCCAGCUGGUAUGUCGUUCUUCCCUGCAACCUAGUCGACUUCUUCCGGAGCCGCCUGGAGCUCCCGCCACGCGAGAAGUGCGAUGACUUCGCCCUCGACAAAGCCUACGACGCCGCCGUCCGCGUCGCCGGCAAGCUCGGAAUCAAGCGUCCCGUCAAAGAUCUGAUCCGCGGCUACGGCGCGCAGGCCGUCUUCCGCGAUGUCACCUUCCUCAUCUGCGACGCCGAGUUUGUCGACGAAAAGAACCGUGCCGAGAUCGACAAGGAGAACGUGGUCAUGAGCUUCAUCAUGACCUACCGCGAGAAGAAGGUCAACACGAAGCGCGCCCGCAAGACCGACUUCCCGGCGGCCCCGCACCUGGAGACACGUGGCUUUGGGUUCGAGCAACGUGACAUCCGCAACGCCGUGGGCUUCGCGCGUCGCGUCGUCAAGCACAUUGGCAGCCGGGAGGGUUUCAAUGGCUUCACGCAUGGCGAUCUCGAGGAGAUUGCCAAGGUGUUCCGCCACGAUACAUGGGCCUGGCCACGUCUGUUGGAGAGCCAUGGUGUGUCGUCGAAGAUGCGCGUGGAAUAG